ACUGACUGAGACUCCAUCCACUCUGACUGACGCUCAACAGCCCCUGAUCAAGACUUUCAUUCUCCAGGUUUUACGCGCAAACAAAAUGAGGGCUUUUAUUUUGACAGUGGCCUCUCUCUGGCUGAUAACAAUCCCCUGCAUGGAGGCUAUCCACGGAUUGUACAACUUUGGCCAGCAUGAAUUUUUCCCCAAAAAGAACAACUGCAAGCCAAUCCCUGCAAACUUCCUCCUGUGCCACGAUAUCGAGUACACAGAGAUGCGUCUCCCGAACCUGCUUGGGCACGAAACCAUGAACGAGGUUCUGCAGCAAGCUUCGUCCUGGAUUCCGCUGGUACGGAGGCAAUGCCACCCGGAUACGAGAAAGUUCCUGUGCUCUCUUUUCGCUCCAGUGUGUCUGGACGACUUGGAUGAGCCCAUCCAGCCGUGCAGGUCUUUGUGCGAGAGCGUCAAGCACGGCUGCGCGCCCGUGAUGUCCGCGUUUGGGUUCCCGUGGCCAAGUAUGUUGGACUGCAACCGAUUUCCACUCGAUAAUGACCUCUGCAUACCGCCUGCAGGCAUGGAGAACUUAACACCAGUCACCAAAGAAGGUGAGAUUGCAUCAAUCUGUGUUUUAUCAAAGUUUUAUUCAUUUUUAAUCCUUGUGCCAAUUCCCACCUCAUGAAAAAUGAAAAAACAUGAAGGAUGCGUAAAAGUCUACUUCUGCGUACACUUGCUGCAACACACAAUUCCUCUCUGGUACACCAGAUUUAGAUUGUCUAACUUUGCAUGGAGCAUAACAUAUUGUGUAACAUUUACCAUGUCUCAUUACUUUGUUUAGUGCCAAGAGUGUGCGACGCUUGCAAGGAAACAGAUGAAAAUGACAAUGAAAUUGUUGACAAUCUUUGCAAAAAUGACUUUGGUAAGUAGCCUGCACCGACAUCCACCUAUAUCUGUAAGUGUUACACUAAAUGUGAUGAAAGAGGCAAAAAAAAAAGUGACAUGGCAAGAGAUUUAAGGAACCACAAGGCUGUUUUUUUACUGUUGAAUUUGCUUCCAAAGCUGGAAAAUCCAAAGAAAAAAGUGAACUGCAACCAGGAUUUUCCUCGCUGCUUUUAUCUCCCAUAUUGCAUGCAUUUUAAGCUCUGAACCAUAUGUACAUACAUGGGCCUUGAGCCUCUCAGAUGGCUUUCAUUAGAGCAACAUGUCAAAUAGGAUGAUGUCCAUACACUUUCUGUAAACACUCCCAGUCUCCAUCCCUGACUCUCUCUCAUGCUUGCAUUAAGCCCUGAAGAUCAAAGUGAAGGAGAUCUUCUACAUCAAUGGAGACACCAAGAUUGUCCCAGAGACCAAGAGCAAGACCAUCUACAAGCUGAACGGCGUGACGGAGCGCGAUCUGAGGAAGACCGUGCUGUGGCUGAAGGACGGCCUGCAGUGUGUGUGCGAGGAGAUGAACGACAUCAACGCCGCCUACCUGGUCAUGGGUCAGAAGAUGGACGGAGAUCUGGUCAUCACGUCUCUGAAGCGCUGGCAGAAGGGACAUAGGGAGUUCAAGAGGAUUACUCGCAGCAUCCGCAAGCUGCAGUGCUAAGGGACAAAAAAAGGCAUGUGUCACUGUUUGAAACAAAAAAGUUUAGUCCAGAUUUUUCCAAUUAUUUUUCUCAAGAUGUCACAAAAGCUGCAGUUAAAGUAUUUUGUAGAUCAGGACAGUUAUGUCUUUGCCCUUGGAAACCUUAGGUAACAAAAACUCCUAAUAUCUUCAAAAAGGUAAUAAAGGCCAGGUUAAAACACAAAUUUUAAUUGACUUAGUAACUAAAGUUAUGGUACACACUCUCAUUCUAAUACAUAAAACCUCUUUUAGUGGCUUAAUCCUAUAUUUCUGUCUAUUUUGGACUCAGGCAUCAGAAAACAAAGUGAAAAGGCCAAAUAUUAUGUGUCUGCAGAGCCAGAAGCUGCAGUUUCAGGACUGCAUUUCUUGGACCAAUUCUCUAGGUCCUUGCAAUAGUCAAUGUUCAGGUUAUGGUUGUACACUAAAAAAGCAGUCAAUGGCAGUUCAAUGGGGUCUUAGAAUUGCAGCCCUAUAAAUGCAGCUCUCUUGGUCUGCAGACACAUGCGACUCUUCAAAGAUGCUGUUUGGAUCUUGGUCAACUUUGGCGCCCCACUUGACAAAGAUGUUCACUGAUCCAUUUGCAGAUUUUGUCUUCACAUGCCCACGUAGUCUUAUUUCUACAAAAAAAAAAUAAUAAAAUCUCAUUCAGCUUUCAAAGUUCAAAAUUUCAAGGUUAAAUACAUGGCUCACUCUGAAUGGCUCCUUCUGACAAAUAUAAAACAAGUCUAUUUCUGUAACAUUCAGUCAAUCAUCGAGCCUAACACCUGUCCUCCUGUGGGAGUUUCAGUAAGGGAUGCUCAAAAGCGUCUAAUUUGCCAGUCAUUCAAACGGUAAUUUAAAUUCAGACAAGUCAAAAAUUGAGAAAAAAAUACUCAAAACUAAACACAUUUUAUCUAAUAGUCUGUAGGUAAACAUUUCAGCUGGUUUGCUUAGUGUGGCCAGUGUUAGUAGAGUCAGCAGCACCAGCUUUUGGCUCUCACUUUCUAAAUCAAAAUACUGCCAAACUGUAGUGAGCUAUUUGAUACCGUUUGUCAUCUUCUGUAGUUGUUUACAUCCAGAUAGUAGUCAAUAGCUUUGGCUAGUGGGCUGGACACAACACAGCCCAAACAACAAUAAAGACGUUAAAACUCGUUUAACCACCAGUAACUCUUGCGAUGGAUAAGUAAAUGUCAUGGUGUCCAGUCAUGUGGUUGACUAGACGUUACAGUAUACACACUUUUAGUCUAGCUUCUAAUCACCCUGUUUGGUUUUGUAUGGGAGCAUUACUAUAAAUUUAAAUCAUUUUCUCAACUCUUCACUGUGGCUUUAAACUGUAAAAAUGUGAUAUUUUGUCAACUUCUGCCAUUGACCGUCAUUUAGUGGGUAUUUGUCUCCCCCCUGUGGUCAUAUUUGAAGUGUUUUGUUUUUCUAGGGAGCUGUCACUAUUAAUUGCAGUUAAUUGCACUCAGCUGCUGUUCCAGGUGUACAGAAAUCCCAUGGUCAGACUUAAGACUAGCCGAAUCUUUGAUUAAACAUGACUGACUCCAAAAAUCACUGGCAGAUGUGGCCCAAUGUUUAUUCCCACCAGGGCUGAAUUUGAGUGUCCUUUUUCUUGACUGGAUUUGUUUCUUUUUCUUUUUUUUCAACUGCAUCAUAACCAAAAAGUGAGAAAUCUGCAUUGUGGGCUUUCCUGAAACAGUGUAAAUCAUCAUCAGACGCUAGUUUGGAUGGUUCAAAACUUCUCUAAGAACAAAAACACAAGAUUUAAAUACUGAAUUAUUUGAUUUUUGGCCAUGGCUGUUAGUCAAGUAGUUUAAUACUGGACUUUAGUUUAGAGUGAUGAAGUCUUUAUAUCUCAAAACCUGCAUUCAUAUCUGUGUCUUGCUUAUAGAGUGAAGCUGUGAUCCCAGUGUGUGUGGUGAGAUGUUCAAAGACAUAGUAAUUUUCAUAUUUUUAUAUUCUGUGGUUUUUCUCAACAAAAAAAGAAGAGAUAGCUGGUUAUAUUCUCUUCCUGUUCAACCUUUUAAUACUCUUGGUAAUCUUUUUAUACUUGAGCCACUGCUUUUCUACCAUAAAACAAAUAUUUUUUUACUACAGACUUUCACAUUAUGUUACAUUUUAAAGAUUUGGUUUGCAGCGUUACCCUGUUUGAGUGACACAAGUUGGAUUCGUAGGUAUUAUUAGUUAAUGACUGAGUUUUUGGUUGGUAAUGUUGAUUUGAUGAGCAGUCAUUUCGUAUGCGCAGAUAAUCAUGGCAGUAUAUAUAUGUGUGUUAUGUAUAAAGUAUUGUUUUGAAAGUAUUACUGUGUAAAUAUCAAUUACUUUCGUUUAUUCUUGUACAAAGUUUUCAGCAAUUAAAAGCUGCCAACGACA